CCCGUCCCCACCCCGUUGCCCCCUCUGCCUCCUUUGCCCGCUCCCCCUCGAGAAUCCCCCUUCUCCCAUCCCGAGCUAGCAUCUUCCCUAGGGACAACCUGCCUGCCGCGCCCUUUCCCGGCGAGGUUCGAGUCCCUCUGCCUCCCCACCCUCGUGCCUGAGACGCUUCCCUAAAUCCACCCCCCCCUUUUCCUCUCGGUGCCACCUGCAGAAGAGUCUGGCAGCAGGUGAAGGGAGCGGCGUCGGCGUCGGCAGCGCGCAUGUCCUCUCGCCUCUCCCGGGCAUGCUCAUUAGCGGCCGAGGAGGCAAAAACGCUCAGAAGCCGAGCGCCUUAGCUGCUGCCCGUCCGCCCGGCGCACAGAGCGGCUGGCUGCGUGAAAAGGCGAGCGAGCGAGCGGCGCCUAAGGCAGGCGGGAGGCUUCGUCUUUGCCGACGAGCCCGGCUCUGUUUCUGGAGCUCAGUCGGCCCUGCGAAAAGGAGCGGGAGGAUGCAGCGGGCAAGCCGCGGUGGCGGGAGCAGCAGCAGCAGCCGACGCGGCGUCCUCGGUUAUGUGGAUUUAUCUUCGCCUUCAGCGUAGCCGCGGCGCCGGGGAGAGGCACGGGGAGAGGCACGGCGAGGGCAGCAGCGUCGGCAGCAGCGUCGGCAGCCGGACGCUAUGGCCGGCCAGCGGAGCCGCGCAGGGUGGAGGCUGCGCUGCUCUUGCUGCUCCUGCAGCGACUGAAACUUCCACCGGGCGAGCAGGACUGUUUCCAUAAGGAGUUUCAACACAUUGUUUUCAUGACUCUGGACUUACUUGAUCAGAGAUGGAGCAGAUGGACUGUAAACCCUACCAGCCUCUGUCAAAAGCUAAGCAUGAAAUGGAUCUAGCUUACACAAGCUCUUCAGAUGAAAGCGAAGAUGGAAGAAAAGCAAGACAGUCUUAUGAGUCCAGAGAAACUCUUAAUGAAUAUGGCCAAGAACUCAGACUGAAUUACAACAGCCACAGCAGAAAACGAAAAGCUGUUGAUGAACCCCCUCAAGAGAUGGAAUUCUGUGAUACUCCACACAUCUUGUGCACUGGUUACCAGGCAGAUAUGCAUGCUGUUUCCCAGCGUGGCUAUCCAAUUGAGAUGGGUUCUGAUGUGGAUACUGAAACAGAAGGAGGAGCCUCCCCAGAUCAGGCCCUGAGAAUGUGGAUGUCUGGGAUGAAAUUAGAGAACAGUUCAUGUUUAUCAAGCCGCGCAAACUCGGCAUUGUCCCUCACUGAUACCGACCACGAAAGGAAGUCUGAUGGAGAGAACGAAAUGCCGGGAAGCCCUUGCAAUCAGUUCACGUUCAGGCCUCUCCCACCACCUCCGCCUCCGCCCCACACGUGCACCUGCAGCAGGAAGCCACUUUCAACGGCCGACUCUCUCCAAGGAAGAUCAAUGACAACCCGCAGCCAACCUAGCCCAGCUGCUCCACCCCCUCCAACAAGUACACAGGACACAGUGCAUCUCCAUAACAGUUGGGUCCUAAAUAGUAACAUACCGCUGGAGACCAGAAGUCAGUGGGGGAUUUGCUGGCCCUCGGCUGUGGAAUUGCCUUCCACCAGAAAUCAGGAGGACCAUGUCUCUUCCCUCGUGCCAAGUGAAAUGCACUUCCUUUUUAAACAUGGAUCUGGCUCAUCAGCUAUCUUCAGUGCUGCCAGUCAGAAUUAUCCUUUAACUUCCAAUACUGUUUACUCGCCACCUCCCAGGCCGCUUCCUAGAAGUACUUUUUCUAGACCAGCUUUCUCUUUUAACAAACCUUACAGAUGCUGCAACUGGAAGUGCACUGCCUUGAGCGCGACAGCUAUUACAGUCGCACUAGCGUUGUUGCUCGCCUAUGUCAUUGCAGUACAUUUAUUUGGCCUAACUUGGCAACUGCAGCCUGUCGAAGGGCAACUUUAUGAAAAUGGAGUCAGUAAAGAAAGCCAGGGAACAGAGUCCGUGGACACAACUUACUCGCCUAUCGGAGGGAAAGUUUCCGAUAAAACUGACAGGAAAGUGUUUCAGAAAGGACAAGCAGUAGAUACAGGAGAAAUUGAAAUUGGAGAUCAAGUAAUGCAAGCCAUUCCACCAGGCCUCUUCUGGCGUUUCCAGAUCAUGAUCCAUCACCCAAUGUACCUGAAAUUUAAUGUUUCUCUGGCAAAGGACUCUCUGUUGGGGAUUUAUGGGAGACGCAAUAUCCCCCCCACUCAUACACAGUUUGACUUUGUAAAACUGAUGGAUGGGAAGCAGUUAAUUAAGCAGGAAUCAAGAUAUUCGGAGGAAUCUCAGCAUGCACCCAGGAAUCUGAUCUUAACGUCCAUGCAAGAAACUGGUUUCAUAGAAUAUAUGGACCAGGGAGCUUGGCACAUGGCAUUUUACAAUGAUGGCAAGAAAAUGGAGCAAGUGCUUAUGCUGACAACAGCAAUUGAAGUCAUGGAUGACUGUUCCACAAACUGCAAUGGGAAUGGAGAAUGCAUCUCUGGCCACUGCCACUGUUUUCCAGGGUUCCUUGGUCCUGAUUGUGCACGAGACUCCUGCCCGGUGUUGUGUAGUGGGAAUGGGGAAUAUGAAAAGGGCCACUGCUUGUGUCGCAAUGGAUGGAAAGGGCCCGAGUGUGAUGUUCCAGAAGAGCAAUGCAUUGACCCUACCUGCUUCGGCCAUGGAACGUGUAUCAUGGGAAUUUGCAUUUGUGUCCCCGGAUAUAAAGGAGAGAUAUGUGAGGAAGAGGAUUGUUUAGAUCCUAUGUGCUCUGGUCAUGGCGUCUGUGUUCAAGGGGAAUGCCACUGUUCCAUGGGCUGGGGAGGAGUCAACUGUGAAACAUCACUUCCUGUCUGUCAAGAACAGUGUUCGGGACACGGCAGUUUUCUUUUGGAUACUGGAGUAUGUAACUGUGACCCUAAGUGGACAGGUUCUGACUGCUCAACAGAGCUCUGCACACUGGAUUGUGGCAGUCAUGGUGUUUGUGCAAGAGGAGUGUGCCAAUGUGAAGAAGGCUGGAUAGGUCCCACGUGUGAGGAACGUACAUGUAAUUCUCACUGCGCUGAACAUGGGCAAUGCAAAGAUGGCAAAUGUGAAUGCAGCCCUGGAUGGGAAGGAGACCAUUGCUCCAUUGAUGGCUGCCCAGGUCUGUGUUAUGGAAACGGAAGGUGCACCCUCGAUCAGAAUGGAUGGCACUGUGUCUGCCAGGUGGGCUGGAGUGGAAUGGGAUGCAACAUUGUCAUGGAAAUGAUGUGUGGAGACAACAUCGAUAAUGAUGGAGAUGGUUUGACAGACUGUGUGGACCCUGAUUGUUGUCAGCAAACCAUUUGCUAUGCAAGCCCUCUCUGCCACGGUUCCCCUGAUCCCCUUGACCUCAUUCAGCAAAGCCAGCCUCCUUUCUCUCAGCACCCUCCAAGGCUCUUUUACGAUAGAAUCAAGUUUCUGAUUGGCAAAGAAAGCACUCAUGUCAUUCGAGGAGAUGUCUCAUUUGAGAGCAGACGUGCUUGUGUCGUUCGAGGCCAGGUGGUAGCAGUGGAUGGAACCCCUCUGGUUGGGGUGAAUGUGAGUUUCCAAAACCACAAUGAGUACGGAUACACUAUCAGCCGACAGGAUGGAAGUUUUGAUCUAGUGGCUAUCGGAGGCAUCUCAGUCACCCUGGUCUUUGACAGAUCUCCUUUUAUUUCCGUGAAAAAGACACUUUGGUUGUCCUGGAAUAGGUUUAUUGUGGUAGACAAAGUGGUCAUGCAAAGAGCAGAGGUGGAGCCACCAUCUUGUGACAUCAGUAGCUUUGUGAGCCCAAAUCCAGUUGUCCUCCCUUUUCCUCUGACAUCGUUUGGAGGAUCAUGUCCAGAAAGGGGGACAAUCAUACCAGAGCUACAGGUGGUCCAAGAGGAAAUUCCCAUCCCUUCCAGCUUUGUGAAGCUCAGCUACCUGAGCAGCCGAACUUCAGGAUAUAAAACCUUGCUACGCAUUGUGAUGACACAUUCUACCAUCCCUCCUGGAAUGACAAAAGUGCAUCUUACUGUUACGAUUGAAGGGCGACUGACUCAGAAAUGGUUUCCCGCUGCCACCAACUUGGUCUAUACCUUUGCUUGGAAUAAGACAGAUAUUUACGGCCAGAAAGUCUCUGGCCUGGCAGAAGCAAUGGUGUCAGUUGGUUAUGAGUAUGAAACGUGUCCUGAUUUGAUUCUGUGGGAGAAAAGGACUGUAACGUUGCAAGGAUUUGAGUUGGAUGCUUCAAAUCUGGGAGGCUGGACCUUAGACAAACACCACAUUUUGAAUACACAGAGUGGUAUUGUCCAUAAAGGAAAUGGAGACAACAUAUUCAUCUCCCAGCAGCCACCAGUCAUCUCAACUGUCAUGGGCAAUGGGCACCAGAGGAGUGUUUCCUGCACCAACUGCAAUGGCCCAUCUCGUAGCAGUAAACUCUUUGCACCCGUCGCCAUGGCCUCUGGUACUGAUGGCAGCAUAUACAUUGGAGACUUCAAUUUUGUUCGGAGGCUCCUUCCUUCAGGAAACUCUAUUAGCAUCCUAGAACUGAGGAACAGAGACACAAGACACAGCACAAGUCCAGCUCACAAAUACUACCUAGCCAUGGACCCAGUAUCAGAAUCCCUUUACCUGUCAGAUACAAACACCAGAAGAGUUUACAAAGUGAAAUCUCUCAGUGAAACCAAGGAUUUGGCAAAAAACUAUGAGGUAGUGGCAGGAACAGGUGAACAGUGCCUUCCGUUUGACCAAAGUCACUGUGGAGAUGGAGGAUGGGCUUCCGAAGCGUCACUUCACAGCCCCCGAGGUAUCACUGUAGAUAAGCACGGCUUCAUCUACUUUGUCGAUGGCACCAUGAUUCGCAAGAUUGAUGGAACUGGUGUGAUCACAACAUUAAUAGGCUCAAAUGGCCUCACAUCAACCCAGCCACUGAGCUGCGAUGCUGGAAUGGACAUCACUCAGGUUCGCUUAGAAUGGCCAACAGACCUUGCCGUCAACCCCCUUGACAAUUCCUUAUAUGUUCUGGACAAUAACAUUGUGCUCCAGAUUUCUCAAAAUCAGCGAGUGCGCAUUAUUGCAGGCCGCCCCAUUCACUGCCAGGUGCCUGGCAUAGAUCAUGUGUUGGUCAGCAAAGUGGCGAUCCAUUCCACGCUUGAAUCGGCGAGAGCCAUUGGCAUAUCUCACAGCGGAGUGCUGUACAUUGCUGAGACUGACGAAAGGAAGAUCAACCGCAUCCAACAGGUUACAACUAACGGGGAAAUCUCUAUCAUUGCUGGAGCUCCAUCGGAUUGUGACUGUAAGAUUGACCCCAAUUGUGACUGUUUCUCAGGCGAUGGUGGGUAUGCCAAAGAUGCAAAACUGAAAGCUCCCUCUUCCCUGGCUGUAUCUCCCGACAGCACCUUGUACAUAGCUGAUGUUGGCAACAUCCGAAUCCGUGCAGUGAGUCAGAAUAAGGCUCAUCUCAAUGACAUGAAUAUUUAUGAGAUUGCAUCCCCAGCAGACCAGGAACUAUAUCAGUUCACCAGCAAUGGGACUCACUUGCACACACUCAAUCUGAUUACAAGGGACUUCAUGUACAAUUUCACAUACAACGGAGAAGGUGAUCUUGGCACCAUUACCAACAGCAAUGGAAAUUCAGUUCAUGUUCGCAGAGAUGCCAGUGGUUUGCCUCUCUGGCUUGUGAUGCCAGGAGGCCAGGUAUACUGGCUGACCAUAAGUAGCAAUGGGAUUCUCAAAAGAGUUUAUGCCCAAGGCUACAACUUAGCCCUGAUGACUUAUCCUGGCACAACAGGACUUCUAGCCACCAAAAGUAAUGAGUAUGGAUGGACAACAGUUUAUGAGUAUGAUUCAGAUGGUCACUUAACCAAUGCAACAUUUCCGACUGGUGAGGUUAGCAGUUUCCAUAGUGAUAUAGAAAAAUUGAUGAAAGUUGAAGUCAAUACUUCAAACAGGGAAAACGUGAUCACAGCUACAAACUUUUCAGCUACCUCAACUAUUUAUACAUUAAAACAAGACAAUACUCAGAAUAUCUAUCGGGUCAGUCCGGAUGGGUCACUAAGAGUCACUUUUGCCAGUGGAAUGGAGAUCACACUGAACACAGAGCCUCACAUCCUUGCAGGUGUUGUCAACCCCACUUUAGGAAAAUGCAGUAUCUCUUUACCUGGGGAGCAUAACUCCAACCUUAUAGAAUGGAGACAAAGGAAGGAACAGACCAAAGGCAAUAUCUCUGCAUUUGAGAGAAGGUUACGGGCCCACAACAGAAACCUGCUAUCAAUUGAUUUUGACCACAUCACGAGAACAGGGAAGAUCUAUGAUGAUCAUCGGAAGUUCACACUUCGGAUUCUCUAUGACCAGGUGGGCCGUCCAAUCCUUUGGUCUCCCCUCAAUAAAUACAACGAAGUCAACAUCACUUACUCGCAUUCUGGAUUAGUGACCUAUAUCCAGAGAGGAACAUGGACUGAAAAGAUGGAGUAUGACCCAGGUGGGAAGAUCAUUUCCAGAACAUGGGCAGAUGGAAAAAUAUGGAGCUACACAUACUUAGAAAAGUCUGUGAUGCUUCUUCUGCAUAGCCAGCGCCGCUACAUCUUUGAAUAUGAUCAGUCAGACUACCUGCUAUCUGUCACCAUGCCAAGUAUGGUACGCCACAGCUUUCAGACCAUGCUGUCUGUUGGAUACUAUCGUAAUCUCUAUUCUCCGCCGGACAGCAGUGCAUCUUUCAUCCAGGAUUUCACCAGAGACAGCCGACUUCUGCAGACCCUGUACCCGGGUACAGGACGCAGGAUUCUUUACAAAUACACCAAGCAGUCCAGACUGUCGGAGAUUCUUUAUGAUACCACACAGGUCUCCUUUACUUACGAAGAGUCAUCUGGCGUGAUUAAAACAAUCCACCUGAUGCAUGAUGGAUUUAUUUGCACCAUCAGAUACAGGCAAACCGGUCCACUGAUUGGCCGUCAGAUAUUCAGAUUUAGUGAAGAAGGUCUUGUGAAUGCCAGAUUUGACUACAGCUACAACAACUUUCGAGUAACCAGCAUGCAAGCCAUGAUAAAUGAAACUCCACUCCCUAUCGAUCUAUAUCGCUACGUUGAUGUGUCUGGUAAAACUGAACAGUUUGGGAAGUUCAGUGUAAUCAAUUAUGACUUGAACCAAGUUAUAACCACCACUGUGAUGAAGCAUACCAAAUUUUUUAGUGCCAAUGGCCAAGUGAUUGAAGUGCAAUAUGAAAUUCUUAAAUCGAUAGCCUACUGGAUGACCGUUCAGUAUGACAACAUGGGGCGCAUGGUGAUAUGUGAUAUACGAGUUGGAGUUGAUGCCAACAUAACAAGGUAUUUUUAUGAAUAUGAUGCUGAUGGCCAACUUCAAACUGUCUCUGUGAAUGACAAAACCCAGUGGCGUUAUAGCUACGACCUCAAUGGAAAUAUCAAUUUACUCAGCCAUGGAAACAGCGCACGGCUUACCCCUCUGAGGUAUGACCUUAGAGACCGCAUCACAAGACUGGGAGACAUUCAGUAUAAAAUGGACGAGGAUGGUUUUCUUAAACAAAGAGGAAAUGACAUCUUUGAGUACAGCUCUAAUGGCUUUCUGAACAAAGCUUACAACAGGGUUUCUGGGUGGACAAUCCAGUAUUGCUAUGAUGGGCUGGGUCGACGGGUGGCCAGCAAAUCAAGUCUAGGACAACACCUCCAGUUCUUCUAUGCAGACCUUUCCAAUCCAGUGAGAGUUACUCACUUAUACAAUCAUAGUAGUUCAGAAAUAACAUCCCUCUAUUACGACCUUCAGGGCCACUUGAUAGCUAUGGAAUUAAGCAGUGGAGAAGAAUAUUAUGUUGCCUGUGACAACACUGGCACACCCUUAGCAAUCUUUAGCAGUCGAGGUCAGGUGAUAAAAGAAAUUCUUUACACCCCUUAUGGGGAGAUCUAUCAGGACACAAAUUCAGAUUUUGAACUCAUUAUUGGUUUCCAUGGAGGGCUGUAUGAUUCACUUACUAAAUUGGUGCACUUGGGGCAAAGAGAUUAUGAUGUCAUUGCCGGACGCUGGACAACACCAAAGCAUCAUAUCUGGGAAGAACUGAAGAACACCCCAAAGCCAUUUAAUCUGUAUGCAUUUGAAAAUAACUAUCCUGCUGGCAGAAUCCAAGACGUGGCUAAAUACACAACAGACAUCGGAAGUUGGCUUGAGCUGUUUGGGUUUCAGCUUCACAAUGUCCUUCCAGGAUUCCCAAAGCCAGAGAUGGAUGCUUUGGAGACAACAUAUGAACUUGUACAUCUUCAAACAAAGACCCAAGAGUGGGACCCUGGGAAGACUAUACUUGGCAUUCAGUGUGAACUACAAAAGCAACUCAGAAACUUCAUUUCCUUGGAUCAGCUUCCCAUGACCCCCAAAUACAGUGAUGGGAGAUGUGUAGAGAAAGAGAAGAAGCCCAAAUUUGCUGCCGUUCCCUCAAUUUUUGGGAAGGGCAUCAAAUUUGCCAUCAAGAAUGGCUUGGUAACAGCCGACGUGAUUGGAGUGGCGAAUGAAGACAGCCGGCGCAUUGCCGCCAUCCUCAACAACGCUCACUAUUUGGAAGACCUGCAUUUUACAAUAGACGGGCGGGACACUCACUACUUCAUCAAGCUUGGGUCUUUGGAAGAAGACCUUGCACUGAUAGGCAACACUGGGGGACGGCGGAUUUUGGAGAAUGGUGUCAAUGUCACGGUAUCCCAAAUGACUUCUGUCAUCAACGGGAGGACUAGACGGUUUGCUGAUAUCCAGCUCCAGCAUGGCUCCUUGUGCUUUAACAUUCGGUACGGGACUACCGUGGAAGAAGAGAAAAAUCAUGUCUUGGAGAUAGCCAGGCAGAGAGCAGUAGCUCAAGCCUGGACUAAAGAACAACGGCGACUCCAAGAUGGCGAAGAAGGUAUUCGGGCUUGGACAGAGGGGGAAAAGCAGCAGCUUUUAAGCACGGGGAAAGUACAGGGCUAUGAUGGAUAUUUCGUUUUAUCUGUAGAGCAGUAUCUAGAACUUUCUGACAGUGCCAACAAUAUUCACUUUAUGAGACAGAGUGAAAUAGGCAGGAGGUAACAAACAAACAGAAACUGAUCUCUGCCUUUGCAUCACCAAAGACUGCCUGUUUUUAAAAACAUUAAAGUAAAGGUUUAUUGUAGUGGUUUUUCUAGAUCAGAACUCUGUGUAUAUACAAAUAGAGGGGGGGGAAACAUAUCCAACUGCCUUUAAAUGUGACAGAAGAUGGUAUUUUAAUAUAGUUUGUUUAAAACUCUUUGGGAGAUGGCAAUGAUUUUUAGUUCUAGGGUGUCUGCCUUCAACAUUUGGAAGCGGCAUUCUCGGUGUUGAACUUCAUUGGGAAAUGGUUCACAUGGGCAAAAUAUUGAGUGUGUUCUCUCUUUCCUUCUUCAGGACACAGUUUUAUUGAUUUUAAUAACUUGCAUACAAUGUGUUUGUGGUCCUGCUGACACCCUUUGUUCCUUGAUCUGACUCUCACAACCUAUCCAAUUUAAAGGGGCCUUUAGACAUAACUCCAGGGGACAAGAUACACAUAAAUACUUUGUGCCAGGAAGAAAGCAAACUAGCCCUCUAAUCUUCACAUAUGAUAGUUAAGGUGUUGUUCUACAAUAACCUUGUUAAUGAAUUGCAAAUGAAUUACUUCUAGUCAUUGCCUUAUGGGACUAAUAGUGCACUGUGUGGACAAUUAAAAAGUGGCAAGUCAAGAUUUUGGGAAUCAAAGCAAUGAUAAAAAAUGCAUUCACACAAACACAUUUCAUUUUGCUUGCCAGCAGAGUAUAUUCAGUGGGAAAGCACAGAACUAACCAAUGCUGAAGGGUGCUUCCAUACUGUCACUAUUUUGUG